CGCCAUUUUUGAUGUCUUGUCUGUCUGGAAAGUAGAGGAAAGGUUUCAGGUUUUGAGGAAUGAAGGUGCAGGAAAAUGGAGGCAGGUGAAAAUAAUAAAACACUUUGUCAGAAAUGUGGAGAAAUUCAUAAAACAUUAAGACUGUCCCUUAGGAAAAGAGCGAAGAAAUGUUUUUCAAGGUCCAAGAAAAAACUCCAGGAAGCUGUAGGGCCUAGCAGUGAAGACUGGUUCCAAGUUGCUACAACACAAAAACUACAGGCUAAACAGAGAGAGAAGGAGGAAAGGAGCCUGUUCAUGUCCCCUGUCUCUCAGUGCUCCUCACAGCUGACCCCAGACAUUCUUAAAUUUCACAGGGGAAGGACUUAUGAAUCCUCUCCUGAGAUCUCCACCUUUGAGCGGCUGCUGAGUUCCCAGUCCUCCACGUCUAGUCCACACUCUAGGUGGCUCCACCCCUCACUGGGCUCCAGUCCACAAGAUGGAGGUAGAGACCAGAAUCUUGCCUCUGAGGAAGCCAUUAUAAGGAGUCUUGGAAUUUCAGCAGAUGAUUCAGGGAUCUCCUGGACCAGCUCUUUAGCCACACCCUCCCACCCUCUCUCCCCCACUGGCUCAGGUGUAAAGCAAGAUGUGAAUGAAGAUCAACUUCCAGAGAAAAGAAAACAAAAGAGAGUUCCCAGAGCAUUAUUUUCUCCAGGUGUGGUUAGGAAUCCGGAUGAACUCUGUCAUAGUUUAAACAGGUCAGACAUUGAAAUAAAGGUGGAACUCGAUGAAGAUACAGUAAAAGAAGGAGCUUCCAAAGAAAUACAUGUACUAGACAUCUCUGUGAAAAGUGAAGUGGAAACGGAUAGUAUGCAGUUGUUUUCUCAGGAACUUAUAACAGAGGAACCUAGUUUGGAAAAUGAUGUUGUUUAUCUUGGAGAAAAAUCUCCAAGCACAAAGAAAGAUAACUGUGCUUCCUCAGAUGAAACCACAGCAGCCGCCAUUAAACAGGAAGUGAUUGACGAAACUCUGUCUGAUUUCUUUGAUCCUCCGUCAAAGUCUGUAGGAAGGCGUCGCUGUGCACCCAGUAAAGGAAGGAAGAGAAAAUCCCUGGGUGAUUCGCCUUUGGAAUUAGACUUUCCUUUCAAGAGAGAAGCAAAGGCAGUGGUUUCCUUGUCUCCUUCAUUGUCUCCAGCAGCAAGUACAAGGAGGGUUCUAAAAGCAGCAAAAGAAAAAUUUAACACCCCUGUAGAGAGAAACAAGCCGCCACGGUCAAUUCUGUCGAACGAGAAAUGCAGAGGCUCAAGGUCUGGUACAAGAAAACGUGUGACAUUCAGCAACUCUGAUGAUUUCUUUAAAGAAAUUAAUGCAGGGAAGGAAGAGGGUGGUAAAAGCAACAAACAAUUAAAAAAGACAGAGGAUGUUGAUAUCAAUGUACCUGCUCAGACUGUUGACAGUUCGAAAUCGAGAGAUUUUGACUCCUGUGAUCAGAAAAAAGGACAAAGUGUUGAUGUUACUGUAGAAGACUCUGAAGACUUGUUUUCACAAGUGUCACCUUCUUCAUUGAAUGAAAUGUGCUCUAUAGAUAACGAGGACUUGUUUGCUAAAGAUGUAAACUCAUCAAGUUCCAAAAAGAAUGAAGAUCAUGGGAAAAUAUUAAACUCUGUUGUUGCGGCAGAACCAACGGCUACAAAUGGAAAUAACAAGAACACGGCUGUUAAUGAAACUCAGAAACAACAUUCUAGUGAUGAUGUAGCCUCCACAGCAGACAUAGCUCCUGUUGUGCCAAAAAUUUCAGGACUGAGGUCCAAAGGUAGAAAAUUCUUGUACCCAACCACCAACCAAAUUACAAAGAGUUGUCCCAAAGUUGUUUAUGGGUUCAAGGAGGUUGAAUCACCAUUCCACAAUCAUCACACCACAAGUGAAAGUCCCACAGUGGAAAAGAAUGACGGAGAGCCAACAGCUGGGCAAGGCUUUGAAAAUAAAUCAAGAGAGACUAAAAGUCCAAAAGUUUCUUCAACUACAGGGUUUCAAAGGUUCUCAAAGUUAGAGCCAGCUGAUAAUCAAAGAGAGAAAACAUUUAAGGAGGAAUUAACUUCAAAACCUGACACAAAGAUGAGUAAGAUGGUGAACAGAUCUAUAGACAUCAAAGUACAGGAAACCAAAUCAGAGUUACCAUUGAAAAAUGACAGAAAACUAGAUAUUCUAUCCACCGACAGAAAACUAGAUAUUCUAUCCACCGACAGAAAGGAAGAUAUUCUAUCCACUGACAAAAAACAAAAUGAUAGAUCUGCUAUCUCUGAUGCGAACAAACUUGUAACUAGUUCACCUCUCAAUAACAAGGCACAGACCCCACAGCAUAUCAAAGAAGAGUCUGAAGUACAGCCAUCAACAAGCAUAUGUGGUAUUAGCACUAAGACAUUUGGAGGAUUCUCCACAGCAGGUGGUAGAAAGUUUGUCAUGGACAAGGAUGCUUUACAAAAGGCUAGAUCACUGUUAGAAAAAGAUGAUGAUAAUGAUCUUGACGGCGGAAUAAAGAAAUUGUUUGAACAGGGAGAGAAGGCUGUAGAGAAUGUCGACCAUAGACUGGAUCCAAUAAGUUUACCGAGCACAGGGAGUAAAGAGUGUACUGGUGGAGUUAAAGUGGAUGAUAUUUUAGGUAGGGAUGGUUGUAGCUUUCAAGGAUUUCAGACAGCGAGGGGAAAAAAAGUGGAGUGUAGUGAAAGUUCUCUAAAAAAGGCUCAAAGGAUGAUAAUAGAAGGGAUAGCGACAGAAGAAAUGGCAAGUAAAGAGUGUACUGUUGGGAGUAAAGUGGAUUGGACUUCAAGUAGUAGUGCUGGCUUUCAAGGAUUUCAGACAGCUAGUGGAAAGAAAGUGGAGUGUAGUGAGAGUUCUCUUGAAAAGGCCCAGAGGAUGAUAACUGAGGAGGGGGAUACAAAAAAUAUUUCAAAUACAGAGACUGAAUGGGAUGAUAAUGAAACUGUUAUGCCAUCAGGGGAUAGAAAAUCAGCAGCCAAAGGUCAGGAAAUUGGUUUCUCAAGUGUGAAAGAAUUUAUAAAUCCUGGUUUAAAAUCAUCUAAAUCUACAUCACAGUCAAGUUGCAGUAAGAAUGCAGAUUUUGAAACAAAAGGAAAGAAUAUCUUCUCAGAUAUUUUUGAAGAAUUUCAAGAUUGUGGCAGCAACAUUGAUGCAGACUCCAUCCCUGGAUUUAAAACUGCUGGUGGCAAAGGUUUUAACAUUGCUAGUUCAUGUUUGAAAAAUACAAUUCCAACAAACAACAAAAAGGGUUUAAAAGAACCUAAUGUAGAAUCUGUUGACUUGGUGGUGGAAGAAGAUAUUAUCAAGUCCAUGUUUUCUGGAAUAAAAGGCAAAGUAGGAAACAAUUCUAACACAAAACCAGCUGGUCCCAGUACAUUUACCAGACCAGUCAGCACUGCUCAGCAGAUGAAAUCUGCUUCCAUUGCUGCCCGAUUUCCUCCUGGUUCCAACAUUCCUAAAGGAUUUAGACCUUUCAAGCCACCUAAAAUUGCACCUAAGGCAAAACCUCAUAUAUCUACAGAAUCUGAUGUUGUUUCAAAGACAACUGUCGAUAAAUCUGAAAGUGUUGAAGAAAUUCAGCCACACAGUAAUGAAGGUUCCAGAGAUGAGGAGAAAAAUGUGAAUGAAAAUUUUUGUAACAAAGAGAAUGAUAAAAUGGAUGAUAGUGCUGAUUUGAGCAAUUUGUUUUUGAAUGACAUGUUUGAAGAGGAGAUGGAGAUCUCUCAGAAAUUAACUCCAGAACCUGUGGCUAAUAGUGGAAAGAUCAUAAAAAACAUAAGUGAAGAACCUAAAGAAAGAGUUCAAGAAAGUGCUUGCUCUACAUCUAUACCAGAAAAGGCAGAAGAAACCACAGAAAAAAGUCUAAAUGGAGGUCCUAGUGCUAAAAUGCCUGUUGAAAUGGUUGAUGUCUUGCAGCAGAAGUUUGAUGGAUUUCAGACUGCUUCUGGGAAGGCUGUUUCUAUUGAUGAAGAGAGUUUGAAGAAAGCCAAGGAAUUGUGGGAUAAUCAGACAACUGGCAAUGAUUAUAAAGAGACUGAUCCUGAAGUUACUUUCAAAAACAUAAAAACAUCAUCAUUCCUAAGGAACAAUGAAUUGAUGAAACAAAGAGAAAGUUCAAACCCAACUGAAAAGUCUUUUAAUGUAUCACUUGUCCCUGAUCCUCAUGCACAAAGGCCACAUAGUAAUGAAAGUAUAGGGGGUGAAUUAAAGACAUUCCAAGGAUUUCAAACUGCAUCAGGAAAAUCUGUGAACAUUGAUGAACAGUCUCUGUUAGCAGCAAAAGAGUUGUGGAAGAACUCUAUUGAUGAUAGAAGUUUAAAACCUUUUUGUGAUGAAAAUGUAAACAAAAAUCCAAAAACUUCUUGUACAAAUUCAGUCAAAAAUAACAGUGACUUUGACAUGGCAAUAAAGAAUGAUAAUUCUUCGUUUAGAAAGAUUUCGGACUCGGAAAAGGAAGAUAACAUUCAUACGUCCCAUGUUGAAGAAAAAAUGAAGGAAAAACCUGUACAAUAUGGUGGCUUCCAAACAGCAUCUGGAAAACAUGUAACUGUGAGUGGGAAAGCUAUGGUGGAAGGAAAAAAAUUAUGGGAAAAUUCAUUAAAGGAUCCUUCUAUCAGUCCCUUACAAAGCACAAAAGACAAUGUGCAGUUACCUGAAAAUGAGAAUAAGAAAGAGAAAGUGUCAUUUAGUGGAUUUCAAACAGCAUCAGGAAAAACUGUAAAAGUGGAUGACAAGUCUUUGACAGAGGCAAGGAAACUCUGGAGUUCCUCUGGUGUGGAAGAAAGGGAAACUCCAACUCAUACAGUCCUUGAAAAUUUGUGUCAACCUGAUAACUUUUCACAAAAUAAUGUUAAAGAAAAAAAUGAACUGAGCAGUACUCAUGAUGAGAAAACCUUACAAGAUUCAAAGGAAAAACCAAAGAAUCAAAUUGUUCCCCAGUUAUCAAGUUCCAGUGACAUGAAAUCGAACGUUAGUUCUCUUAGCAGUAUGGGAGAGAAAAAAAUGGUAAAUGAUAUUAAUAUUCAAAGCGGUUGUCCUCUUGCUUUUCAAAGCCCUUUUAUGAGUGCAUCUGGGAAAAAGAUUCAAGUUUCAGAGGAUGCACUUAAUCAUGUUAAAUUGGAAACUUUAAAGACAGAGGAGGGAAAAGAAAAUGAAAAGCCAGUAUUUCAAAAUGACGAAACUAAACCAGUUAUGAAUUCUUCAGAAAGUAUGUCUUGUCCAUUUCUGAGUGCAUCAGGAAAACAGAUAUCUGUAUCAGCCUCUGCUUUGGAAUCAACCAAAUCAUUUUUCGAUGACAAUGAGAAAGAUGUUUCUUCUUUAACAACAGAUAGCAAGAAAUUUUCUCCAUUUCAAAGUGCAAGUGGUAAGUCUGUUUCUGUGUCAAAGAAGUCUCUUGAGAUUGCUCGGGCAAUUCUGGAGGAAGACCAUGAAAUGAAAACAUUGCGUACUGCAGCAACAACGAGUUUGCCCAAUGAAACACAUUCAAAAGAAAAAUCCUUUUCACCGUUUGAGAGUGCAAGUGGUAAAAAGGUCUUAGUGUCCCAGAAAUCUCUUGAAAUGGCCAGAGCCAAGCUAGAAGACAAUCAAGGACCUGAAAAGCAGACCUCAACACCCAAGAUCUCAAAAGUUGAUUACAUGGAGGGCGACAUCUUACCAUUUAAGAGCGCCAGUGGAAAGUCUGUGUCAGUAUCCAAGAAGUCUCUGGAAAAGGCUCGAGCAAGAUUAAUGGAAAACUUUGAAGCAGACGUUGACACACUGCCAACUUCUAGUGCUGACACCCCAUCUACAUCAUCAAGACAGGAAACUGGUGUGGUCUUCCCGGCUCACAGUCAGAAGAGGAAGUUAGAUGAGAUUAAGACACCGAAAAAGCAGAAGACAAGAGAAGUGGAGGAUGCGAAUGAAUAUGAGAAUCUGAUACUGCCAGAUGAUUUCUUUGAUGAAAUGGAGACUCCCAAUAAGAAAAUCAAAAUGGAAAAUGGAAGUGCCUCCAAAACACUACCAGGACAUGUUGGAAAAGACAGACAAAAUUUUACAGCGCUUUCAACUGUUCCUGAAGGUUACACAAAGGAUAGACAGAACUUUUAUGCUAACCCAUUAAAAUGCCAAUCUGCCAGGGAUUCUGGAAGCAGUUACAGGGCCCUUGUCAAGCAGGAGGAGGCAAAGAAACAGAACACACCUAGUGCAGCUACAGCAUCAGGCUCAAGCUUUAGGACUCCUUAUAAAGCAGGAUCCACCUUUACUGAGAGCCAAGGUCAAUCGAGCUCUGUGGUUAAGUCUGUGCAGCCAGUGUUUGUACCCAAGUCCAAGCAACAGGCUCAUUCUGCAUCUCCUCUGGAUGUAAAGUCAGGAAGUAAGACAGUGUCAAAAAAUCUUGGAUCCGUAGUUUCGUCCUCUCCAGCUAUAAGUACCAGUAGUUCACAGACAGGGAGUUUAAAGCAAGAUGUGUCCCAGAAAGCUAAAAUAAGUGACAAAGACAAGGAAGAGUACAAGAAGGCCUUGGAAACUGCCAGGGGUAAACAGGAGGAGAUGGUGAAGUCCAAGUCGUCUUGUAGCGUGAAGCCCAGUGCUGGCCGAUUGUUCCAGCUGAAGACUUCAGGGACGAGGUGCAAACUGAGGGAGGUCAUUUUCGGACAACAACAGAACAAGACUGACUCGAGCUGUGUGAUAACCUCCACCCUGUUGGUGAGGUCCUGUAAUGCCGCCAGACACCGUUUCUACCUGCCCGACUUCUACAGCGCUGAUGUCACACAGGUGUAUGUCGGAGACGGGGCUUUACUUGUUCCUGAUGACCAAGGGUAUACAGGAGUCAAAGAACUGUACAAGGCAUUCUUGACCAUAGACAGUGUCGACCCAUCCCUGAUCAGCGAGGCUUGGUUCUGUAAUCACUACAGGUGGAUCGUGUGGAAGCUGGCGUCAUACGAAGUCGCCUCCCCUGACAAGUUUGGCAGUAGGGCUCUGACUCCAGAGAAUGUUAUGCUGCAGAUGAAAUACAGAUAUGACAGAGAAAUUGACAGAUGUCAAAGGUCAGCUCUAAGGAAGAUAAUGGAGAGAGAUGAUACCUCUUCAAAGAGACUGGUGCUGUGUGUGUCCAGCGUACAGAGAGCGGAGUCCACAAACCCAGCAACACCAUCCAGCAAACAAACUGUCCUGGAUCCUGAGGUGACAGUGGAGCUGUCCGACGGCUGGUACUGUAUCCCAGCCAAGUUAGAUGUCCCCUUGCUGGACCUCAUCAAUAGGCAGAGGAUCCAGACAGGGCAGAAACUGUGUACCACCGGGGCGGAGCUGGUGGGCAGUCAGGACCCCUGUACCCCGCUUGAGGCCCCAGCGUCCCUGCAGUUGAAGAUCAAUGCUAACUCCACUCGGCCUGUCCCCUGGGACACUGUGCUAGGCUUCCAGCCUGACCCCCGCCCGCUGUGUGUCCCACUCAGUGACCUCCACGGAGAGGGAGGGAUGGUGGGGUGUGUAGAUGUGGUGCUGGGAAGGAAGUAUCCGCUAAUGUACAUGGAGAAGCUGCCUGAUGGGGGAUCAGUUUUCAGAACAGCUCAGGCCGAGGAGAAGUUCAGCCAACUCCACCAAAAACAGCAACAAGACGCCAUGGAGUCACUGUACAGAAAGCUGGAGAAAGAUUUCGACAAGGAGGACUAUGAAGAGAGCCGUGCAGUGAAGAGACAGUGGAAGGAGUCUGAGAUUGAGGAAUUACAAAGUGGACAGGAGGUGUGGGAGGCUCUUAGAACAGCCAAAAGACCUGACAUUGUUGAGGGUUAUUUGAGCGACUCUCAGAUGAGACUGCUAAUGGACUACAAACAACAACUUCAUCAAGAAAAGCUCCAGAGGUUACAGAAUGAGUUCCAGAAAUCCUGGAGUGAUGAACAAGGGAAUUCAAAGGCCAGAAAUGUGGUGCCAUUGUUGAAAUUAAGAGUUAUGGGACUGUCAAAGAAAGAUGUGGACUCCAGAAGAUCCACAGUGAUAUCUGUGUGGAGACCAGGCCAGGAAGUGUUGGAUCUGAAAGAGGGACAGAGAUACAGGGUCUUCUCAUUGUCUGCCUCUCACUCAAGAGCCAGAUACAGUCCUAACAGUGUACAGCUGACAGCAAACAGACAGACCAAGUUCCUGCCGGUCAGGGUGGACGAGAAUCUGCUGGACCUGGUGUAUGAACCCAGAGAGGUGCUUUGUGCUUGUGACUUAAAGAGACGGCAACCGAUGUUUGGAGAAGUAGAUAUUGUGUGUCUAAUUGUUAACAUUGAAGUCACAGAAGCUGGUGAAAGCUCAAGAAACCAGGAAAUUGUGUAUGGAAUGGACAAAAAUGGAGAUAUUAUAGGGAUCAAAUUUUGGGGAGGGCUUAAGGCCUUUGGACUGAAUGCCACUCUGACUGUGGGUACUGUGGUCUGUGGGAGUAACCUACAGGACAAGUUCCCCCACCGCUCCACCAUCCUACCCCUGGUGGAGGCCAACAUGGAGUUCUCUGUGUUCACCAAGUCCCCUCAGGGGGCCCCGCAGAAGAAGGCUCACCAGGUCCUGACCGAGAGAAUCAAAUCAGCAGGGGAGAAAACUCUUGUGGAAAGGGGCCAGCAGCUGGUGGCUGAACUGCUAGAAAAGAAGCAGAAGAUGACACUGGGACAUACUCCAACAAAGACUGUUUGCAGUGAGCAGGGAGAGGAGAAUGCUAGUCCAGUGCCUCCUAGUUCUGCACAGAAAGCAAAGAUAGCACAGUUGAUGUCAUACGGGUCACCCUCCCCCCUCUCCCCCAUCCCCACCAAAGUGACCCCCGCCGCCAAGAAAACCUUUAAAGUACCAAAACCAGCUCAUGUGUAGGAGCUAUUCCAUUGAUGUGUUCAAAGUUUAAAAUUUGUUGAAACUAUAUUUAUAUAGUUGUUAAAUUGUGAAUGGUGCUAGCAUGUUGAUUUUUAGUCCUUGUUCAAACAGAACAGAGAAUUUUAUGAAGUGAUUGUUAUAACCUUAUACAAAUAUGGAUUUACUUUAAAAACUGAGUAAAGUAUGUGCCAAACGUUGGAAAAUUUAGAGAAAUUAAAAAUA